AUGGUCAUGGGGCAUGAUUUUAGAGAUGGGGUGGUUUCUGAUGAUAAAGCAGGGGAUGUUAAUAUAAUGGAAGAUGGGCAACCUGAAAUUGAGGUGAAGGCCACGAAAGCUGUCCUUGGUAUGGCAACUGGAGGUGACCCAUUGACUAGCCCAGCUGAAGAUGGAUGGAAAAAACGGUGGGUAGAAUCUAAACACAAACCAGAUUAUGGAAAAUUUCAACUCAAUGCAGGAAAAUUUUAUGGAGACAGUGAAAAAGAUAAAGGUCUCCAGACGAGUGAAGAUGGCAAAUUUUAUGCUCUCUCAACCAGGUUUAAGCCUUUCAGCAAUGAGAAUGAGACCUUGGUGAUUCAAUUUUCAGUAAAACAUGAGCAAGGCAUUGAUUGUGGUGGUGGGUACGUGAAACUCUUUCCCAGCACUCUGAACCAAGAGGAUAUGCAUUCAGAGUCCGAGUAUUACAUCAUGUUCGGCCCUGACAUCUGUGGCUUUGGCAACAACAAAGUACAGGUCAUCCUUCAGUACCAAGGGAAAUAUCAUGAGAACAACAAAACCAUCAAGUGCAAGAUCAAUAAAGACACUCACCUGUAUACACUGAUCAUUCGUCCCAAUGCUACUUAUGAGGUCAAAAUAGACAACCAGCAAGUGGAGGCUGGGACUCUGGAGGACGAUUGGGCCUUCUUGCCUCCCAGGAAGAUAAAAGACCCCUAUGCCCGGAAACCAAGGAAGUGGGAUGAACGUCUGCAAAUAGAGGAUCCUGAGGAUAAGAAGCCUGAGGACUGGGAGGACUUUGAAUAUAUUCCAGACCCAGAUGCCAAGAAGCCAGAUGACUGGAAUGAGGCAAUGGAUGGAGAGUGGGAAGGGCCUCUGAUACCAAACCCAAAAUAUAAGGGACAAUGGAAGCCUCGGAUCAUUGACAACCCUAAUUACCAAGGGGAGUGGAUUCAUCCAGAAAUAGACAACCCUAAAUAUAAGCCUGACCCCAACAUUUCUCACUACUAUAACAUCAGUGUUCUUGGUCUGGAUCUUUGGCAGGUGAAAUCAGGCAGCAUCUUUGACAAUUUUCUUCUUACAAAUGAUGAAGAGUUUGCUGAAGAGGUUGGAAAUAAGACCUGGGGAAUAAGAAAAGAUAUUGAGAAGCAAUGGCGAGAACUGUAUGAGGAAAUGGAGAAAAGAAAAAAGGAAGAAGAGGAUGUGAAAAAAAAGGAAAAGGAGGAGGCAAGGAAAUAUGACAUCUGGGGACUUGAAGAGGGAAGUGAAGAGGAUUUUUCUGAGGAACCAGAAAAUGACAGGGAGAUAAAGGAAUAUGAUGCUGAAAGAGCAUUUCUGGAUGAAACUGAAGAAUUCCAUGUUGAUAGGAAAGAUGAACUUUAA